GGUAGAGGAAUUCAGGCAUACCAGAGUGGAAAUGAGAGGAUGUAACUAUGGAUUUUGUGCUUGGACUACCAAAGCAAAGACUGAGAAGCAGUCCAAUGCUAUUUGGGUAAUCGUGGACAGACUUACUAAGUCUGCUAAUUUUAUCCCGUAUAGAAAGAAACAUGAUUUGAAUAAUUUGGUUGCUCUUUAUUUUCAAGAGAUAGUUAGGCUCCAUGGUGUACCUGUUAGAAUUGUUUCUAACAAGGACUGGAAGUUUACAGCUAGAUUUUGGAUGGCAUUGCUAGAAGCCCUGGGAACUGAAUUGAGAAUGAGUGCUACAUUUCAUCCAGAAACUGAUGGGCAGUCAGAAAGAGCCAUUCAAGUUUUAGAAGAUAUGCUUAGAGAUUGUGCACUGGCCAUGCCUGAUACUUUGGAAGAGCACUUACAUUUGGUGGAAUUUGCAUACUGUAAUAACUACCAUGAUAGCAUAAGAAUGGCUCCAACCGAAGCCCGUAAGAAAGGAAAUGUAGAACACCUAUAUGUUGGUCUGAGCUGCCUGGAGGAUGGAAGAGCUGAUUAAGAAAUUGUAUCCUCAUCUAUUUAAAGGUUAGCUUUAGAUUUGGGGACCAAAUCUUUAAGGAAUGGAGAACAAGGCAACACCUAUCCUAAAUUAUAAGUUUUGGUGAAACUCUAUCCUUAAAUUGUCAAAUUUCUAAAAGUUUAGGUUAAGUGAAACUGGACUUUUUGGCUCCCAGUUGCAUGGAAAUUUUAGCAACAUUACCAGAUUAUUAGAAGGAGAAGGAUCUGGUUGGUGGAAAUUAUUAAAUUUCCACUAACUUUAUGUGUAGAUGUAUAAGUAGUUCAAAUCACUAGUUGAGCUCAUUUUCACUUCUGUUAUUUUCUGGUGCCAAAUGAGAAAAAGAAAAGGGAGGGAGUUUUUGCAGCACAGAAUCAGCAAUAGAGUUGAGAAAGGUUUGAGGGAGAGCUUUUGUUGAACUUGGUUAUAGUAAGAUUAAACCAGUUAAAAGCAGCAUACUUAUUUUGGGAGCUUUAGAAGCAUCUGCUAGUUCAAGUGCCAGUCUAACUAACCUUCGUAAGACAAAUUUGAGCUCUGCUCAAGAACUAGUCCUGCUCGCUGAUUUUUGUACCUGAACUUAUGAACUUUUUGGUUUUAUGAAAUACAAAUGGGCUGCUGUAAGAAAACCUUACGUUUUGUUGUGUAACCUUUGUGAAAACUUGAACAUGUAUAUAAUAAAAGGAUUGCACUAGU